AUGCAAUUAAUUCAUUUUCGUAGUUGUCCAAAUAAAAAAACAACAAUUUUCAAUACUCAAAUAAAUAUUAAUCAGUUUCAUGGAUCUUUAAAAGAUGGAUCAGCUAUUCCAGAUCAAGUUAAGCAGGAAAUUAAAGUUGCUUGUAUUGAAUUUGUAGUACUUGACUAUCGACCAUUCAAAACACUUAAUGAUAUCGAUUUUAAAAAUCUUGCACAAAAAUUUUUUUAA